AAAUUGUCGUCGGGUCCAACUGUCGGGCGUAACAUAAUGACCGUCUAACGUCGUACGCGUUAGCAAAAAUUAUCGGCCGCUCGGCGACGACCUCCGACAGGUCACGACAACGCGAGCGUGGCAACGCCGCACAAAACGGAGCCGCUCGGCAGCUAACCACAAAUUUCCGUCACCGUGUAAACGUUGUUUCGCCAUUCGUCGUCCUGGCCGUGGUGGUUGAGUGUAAACGUGGUGGAAAAUAUUAUCGGACAGCGAAACUCUGGUACGACUAGUAUCGCGUAGCGACGGCAUAAUAUUGCUGAACCGAUCGAGGAAGCGACGUCGUCUGGUCUGGAAACCAUCCGGCCGUCGCGAUAUCCGCGUCGGAUAAUUCAGUACUGCCCGAAAUUUGUUCGUCCCGGACACGAGUGGACAGUAGUUGUAGUGUAGUGUAGUGUAGCAAUCGUUCUGUUUCUCCCGACAUGCCCGUCGAUACGACUAGCGAAACUACGGAACAGCAGGUUUCCACUGUGGAGGAGAACUCGCUGAAACAGUCGAAACCUGACUUGCCUGAUAUUGAACUUCCUGAUGAUGAUCCUAAUGAGCCAACACCUUCUACAUCAAAAAAUGUUUUAACAGAUGGUUUAAAGCAACCAUUGCCAGAUGGAGUAGACAGUGAUAAAGUAAAAAAAAUUAGACGGACUGAAAUAAGUGAAGACAAACUGGAAGUUACUAACAAAGAUGAUAAUAAAGAAAGUCAUAUUGAACUGUUGUUACAAAAAGUUUCGGAAUGUCUAGAAAAUACAAUUGAUGAUGAAUCAAACCCUUUGCUAGAAUUAAAAAAUAAAAUAUAUUUGACAAAAAAUACUGAUGAAACUAAAUCUAUAGAAAGUCCAUCUAAUAGUUAUACAAAUAAUAGUGAAAAGGUCGAUGUUUGUUCCAAUAGUAUUGAUCAAAAUGUUGAAGUCAUAGAUUCUGACAAUAGUUCUGACAUUUCAUUAUCUGAUUUAACUGAUUUACCUGAAGAUAUCAGUAGUAUUAAAAGUGGAGUAAAGCAGAUUACCAAAGAGAGUUUACCACAGUUAUUAAAAUUGUUAAAUAUUAAAGAUUUGACUGUUGAGAAAUUUGAGAGAAUGUGUUCACUGAAAGUUACUGAAAGUAUGGUAUCUAAGUUAUUCUGGAGUUAUAAACUUUCAGACCUUGAGUUGUUGAAGAAAAGUAUACAAUUCUGGCAGGAAAAAUAUAAAUCACUAAAAAAAGAAUUUAAAGAAUUAAGGCAUUUAGUAAAUGUUUAUAAACGAGAGGAAGGUAAUAUGAAGUUACCAAAACAAGCAAUUCCUUUGCCAAGACCUGAUCCAGUAAGUAUUGCUGUUGAAGAUGAUGAUGAUGCUGUUGAAUUAGAAUUUGAAACAGUAGAAUCUGCUAGUUCAUCAACUUCAAAAAUUACAAAUAAGACUACAAAAAAGAAUGGUGAUUCGGAAGAAACUAUUACUUAUUUAGAGCUAUCUAAGAAUCCAUCAUCAUCUUCCUCAAGUUUUAUAACUGGAACAGCUUCACGCUCUCCUCGACGAACAAGUGUUUUAAAUAAAGAUACCAUAAAUACAAGUCCAAAAUCCAAAAAACUUGAACCAAUUUCAAUUGAAGGUAAGUUUUUAAGUUUUAACUUAAUUUUAAAUAUUUAUUAUAUAUUAUAG